GAAGUAUCUUUGAUGUAGCAGCAGAAAUCACAGACAAAGGGGGUAAAGCAUUUGCUGUGAAGUGUGAUGUCCGUUCUGAGAGUGAUAUCAAAUCAACAGUUGAAAAAUGUCUGGAAACCUUUGGCCACUUGGAUGUUGCUGUUUAUAAUGCUGGGGCUGUAUUAUGGAAGAAAGUCAUUGAAACACCACUACGGCGAUGGGAUCUGAUGAACGAAGUGAAUGCUCGUGGCUCGUACUGUAUGAUCCAGGAAGUUCUACCCAACAUGCUGGAGCACAAACAUGGUCGUCUAAUCCUCGUGUGCCCGCCCAUUUAUAACAGAUUUUUCAAAGGUAAAACCCCGUACUCAAUGACGAAAGUGGCCAUGAGUGUAUUGGUCCAUGGAGUGUCUAUAAGUGGUAUAUGGCCAGCUACAGUUAUCGAAAGCCAGGUGACCACAGUCCAAAAUGUACCGCCAAGUCAGAUGCGGAAAGCAACCAUUUUUGCAGACGCAUGCUUAGGAAUUUCUGAGGAGAAAACUGAGAAGCUGAAUGGGAAGGUCUUGAUUGAUGAAGAUUAUCUAAGAUCAGAAGGUGUCACAGAUUUUGUCAAGUACCGCUGCGAUCCAGAUCAUGAGCCUGACCGCAUGAUGCCUAAGAAGUUUCCAUCUCUCUUCGUGGAGGAGGAGUUGGCUGGUCUGACGGUGGAAUCAAAGCUCUGA